ACUUUUAAAAUCCCUAAUACCCAUCACCAAGAUAAAAUCCGCUGUUUAUUUGAUUCCUUCUCAUUCAGCCGCAAAAGUAAUAGGAAAUCAACAAUAUCUAUGUACGCUUUGUUGUGUGUUAUAUCGUGCAAGGCAUAGGUCAAUGGUGCAAGGUAUCUAUCUAUUGUUGUCACUUGUUGCCUAGCGACAGACUUUGAUACAUAAAUAAACAUCUUGAUAAAGUUACAAUUCAUUAAAAUUUUACAAAAUGUCCACGCCGGCUAAUAAGGAUGAAGACCCGAGACGCCAGGUUAACAUUAAGGUGAAUUUAAAUGCUCUGCUCAUACAUCCCGCCAUCGAGCCUGGUGUCAUCGACAAUGCCAUGCUUACGAAGUGUAUAUUGGCAGAAGGUCCAACCGAAGAGGCAGGACGACUAUUCGCAGAAGAAGGAGUCCACCUCGACGAAGCGACUAUCGUGAGACUCGAAUUUCAGAACAUUCUUCGAAUCGACCAUCUUUGGAUGCUGACAUCACUCACCAAACUUGAUAUAGCUCACAAUCUUAUUGAGAAAAUCGAAAACCUCGAACAAUUGCCGAAUCUUAACGAAUUAGAUUUGUCAUUUAAUAAAAUAGAAAAAAUAGAAAACUUGGAAUGUUUAGUCAAUUUGGAAGUUCUUACAUUGUUUCACAAUAAAAUAAAGAAAUUAGAAAAUAUGGAUACUUUAGAGAAAUUGUUAAUUUUCAGCAUUGGUGAUAAUUUAAUUGAGGAUUUUAAAGAGAUGGCGUACCUACGAAGAUUUAGGUUUUUAAGAACAGUAAGUUUUAAAGGCAAUCCGUGCUGCGACGACCCUAUGACCUAUCAAUUUCUUAAGGCCGCGUUGGUUAACGUGACGUAUCUCGAUUAUAAAACCAUUUCUGAGGAAGAAAGGGAAUCUGGAAGAGCGAUUUUCAGAGGUCUUCUUAGAAAAUUGGACGAAGCAGACGAGAAGAGUGAAAAAGAGCGUAUUGCAAAGGAGGAGUACGACGCUAAAGUAAAGUUCUUCGGCAUGUCUUUCGUUGAAUAUCUCAGCGGACCAGAGUUGAUUGAGUCUAUGUUCGAGAAAGAUUUAGAUGGUUCGCUGUUACUCAAAGUUGGUGGAGAGGUUCUGACAUUCUACGAAGUCUAUAAAGAUCAAUAUGUGGAGACCAUGGCACAACUGGUAGAGUUCGCUCAAAAUGCGUACAACGAUAGAGAGAACGAAAUAAAACUAUAUAAAGAUCUUGUCGAUAACGCUUUAGAAAAAAGCGUGACGAAGAGCAAAAACGUGAUAACAGAAUAUGAAAAGAAGAAAGCGCCUCUUAUUACCACACUACAAGCUUUGCAAGCAAAGUUCGUUGCGAAACAAGCGACACUUGAACAGUUAGAACCACAGAUUGUGGAACUCAGUGACACUUUCAACGAAGUUCUCUAUGAUUGCUGGAGACAAUUGAUGACUAUUGAGAUGAAUCUUUUUGAGCAGUGCGAGGAAUCCCGCGUUCAGUUCUCAGUGAACAUGACGGAAAAGGUUACAAAGCUAUUGGAAGUUUCUCGAAAUGCGUUUGGGGCGUGGCGCGAACAUGAGGCCGUUUGGUCUUCGAGACAGUACGAGAGCCUUAACAAAAUGUUGGGAAACAAGAUCUUGUUAGGAGAUGCGCCACCAGAUCUUUAUGAGGUGAUGACGGACCGCGACCUGAUGGUGAACUUAGUAGCAGCGUCUUCGGAUAACCACAUGCGAUUUAUUGACGAUCGCGAAGACCUGCUCAUGACUAGAGCUAAUAAAUGGAGGGAGGUAUUAGUGGAAGGGACUAACGAAAAUGAAAUUAAGCGUAACCGAGACAGGAUCUUAGAGAUAAAUUACUACAUAGACAAUCAGCGCGAGGAGUGGACGGAUAUGCAAUUGAGUAUCACCGAAGCAAUCGACCCUGAGACAGCUGCUUUGCUUGGAGACGAAUACUGAAUCAAAAUAAUGAAUACCGCAAUCCUCAUGGAAGUAAUGAGAAAAGAAUCUUCAAUUAUACCUGCCAUUUUUGUGGUAAUCAAGAUUUACAUGAGUCGUUCUAUUUAAGCUUAGAAUAAAAUGGACGCACAGUUAAAUAUUUUGAAUCAUUGAGUUUUAAACUGAUAUCUUUGUAGCCA